GGAGGAGGAAGCCAGGCGGCUGGAGGAGGAGGGAAGGCGGAGGAGGCCGAGGCUGGAGCGCCACUCGCCGCAGACUGACUUCCCCGGCUCAGCAGGGAAAGGUUCCUAGAGGGCGAGUGCGGACGGUAUGCAAAGUUGUGAAUCCAGUGGCGACAGUGCGAAUGACCCUCUCAGUCGUGGCCUGUGGAGAAGGGGACAGCCUCGCGUGGUGGUGAUCGGCGCUGGCUUGGCUGGCCUAGCAGCGACCAAAGCGCUUCUGGAGCAGGGCUUCACGGAUGUCACUGUACUCGAGGCUUCCAGCCGCAUCGGAGGACGUGUGCAGAGCGUGAAACUUGGACACGCCACUUUUGAGCUGGGAGCCACCUGGAUCCAUGGCUCCCACGGGAAUCCCAUCUAUCAUCUAGCAGAAGCCAACGGGCUCCUGGAAGAGACAACUGAUGGGGAGCGCAGUGUGGGCCGCAUCAGCCUCUACUCCAAGAAUGGGGUGGCCUGUUACCUUACCAACCGCGGCCGCAGGAUCCCCAAGGACGUGGUUGAGGAAUUCAGCGAUUUAUACAACGAGGUCUAUAACCUGACCCAGGAGUUCUUCCAGCGAGGUAAACCAGUCAAUGCUGAGAGUCAGAACAGCGUGGGGGUGUUCACCCGGGAGGAGGUGCGCAACCGCAUCCGGGAUGACCCAGACGACUCAGAGGCCACCAAGCGCCUGAAGCUUGCCAUGAUCCAGCAGUACCUGAAGGUGGAGAGCUGUGAGAGCAGUUCGCACAGCAUGGACGAAGUGUCCCUGAGCGCCUUCGGGGAGUGGACCGAGAUUCCUGGCGCGCACCACAUCAUCCCCUCGGGUUUCAUGCGGGUGGUGGAGCUGCUGACCCGGGGCAUCCCCGCCCAUGUCAUCCAGCUGGGGAAGCCCGUCCGCUGUGUUCACUGGGACCAGGCUUCGGCCCGCCCCCGUGGCCCCGAGAUCGAGCCCCGGAGGGAGGGUGACCACAAUCAUGACCCCGGGGAGGGCCAGCAGCGAGGAGAGGAGCCCCGGGAGGACGGGCGGGGUGAGGACGAGCAGUGGCCUGUGCUGGUGGAGUGCGAAGACUGUGAGGUGGUCCCGGCGGACCACGUGAUCGUCACCAUGUCACUGGGCGUGCUCAAGAGGCAGUACUCGAGUUUCUUCCGGCCAGGCCUGCCCGCCGAGAAAGUGGCUGCCAUCCACCGCCUGGGCAUCAGCACCACCGACAAGAUCUUUCUGGAAUUCGAGGAGCCCUUCUGGGGCCCCGAGUGCAACAGCCUACAGUUUGUGUGGGAGGAUGAGGCGGAGAGCCGCACCUUGACCUACCCGCCUGAGCACUGGUACCGCAAGAUCUGCGGCUUCGACGUCCUCUACCCGCCCGAGCGCUACGGCCACGUGCUGAGCGGCUGGAUCUGCGGGGAGGAGGCCCUUGUCAUGGAGAAGUGUGACGAUGAGGCUGUGGCCGAGAUCUGCACGGAGAUGCUGCGUCAGUUCACAGGGAACCCUAAUAUUCCUAAACCUCGGCGAAUCCUGCGCUCGGCCUGGGGGAGCAACCCCCACUUCCGAGGCUCCUAUUCAUACACACAGGUGGGCUCAAGUGGGGCCGAUGUGGAGAAGCUGGCCAAGCCCCUGCCGUACACAGAGAGCUCCAAGGCUGCGCAUGGAAGCUCCUCAAAGCAGCAGCCCGGUCACCUUUUAUCUUCCAAGUGCCCAGAACAGUCCCAGGACCAUAAUAGGGGCUCCACAAAGCCCAUGCAGGUGCUGUUCUCGGGGGAGGCUACCCACCGCAAGUACUACUCCACAACCCAUGGUGCUCUACUCUCUGGCCAGCGGGAGGCUGCCCGCCUCAUCGAGAUGUACCGAGACCUCUUCCAGCAGGGGAACUGAGGGCCUUCCUCACUGCCAAGCGUGUUCCUUCAAGAACCACUAACUCGUGACCGCUAGCCCGUGCCCUUUGCUGCCAUGUGCUCCUGAUCUCCUAACCCUCGGUAGGAUGGAGUUUUCUCUUCUGUAGAGCUAGAUGUCCUGACUAGCUCCAGACCUGGCCUGUAGCUUUUCCUUCUGGGCCUGGCAAGGCUAGGGCCCCUUGACUUACCUCUUCCUCUGACCCACACCCUCCUAUAGUCUUACCCCUCCUGCCUCGUUAUUGUAAGUGCCUUCAAUAAUUUGCAUUUUAAGAUAAUAAAAAGAGGCUUGCCUUUCCCGUG